AUGGGAUUCGCAUCCAAUCCCGGAGAAAACAUCCAGCAACAGGCAAAUGGAGAUGAUGGAGAGAACCAGCAUAAAACCUACAAGCCUGAUCCAUCGGGAGUUGACAGCAGCGAGGAAGACAAAACAGUGGAGUUGGAAGAUGCAGUUGAACGGCCAAGGAAAAGACAACAUAAAGGAUACAAAUGGAAUGUUGAGGAGUACAAGGAUCACCAAGGAAAUCUACAUGCAGCUAAAAAAUUCACCAAGUUAAUCAGUGCAGAUUUACUAGGAGAGGAAUUGAAUUCUGAUGAAGUGGAUCAAUCCAGAAAUCCAAUCUACACUGAGCCCUCACCUGAUAAGCUCAGUUAUCAUGGUUUACUAGGAGAGGUAUUCAAUUCAAAUGAAGUGGAUCAACCCAGAAAUCGAACCUACACUGAGCUCUCACCUGUGAAAUUCAGCAAUGUCACAUCAGACGAGAUUGAUCACCAACUAAACUUCACAUCAACAGAAAUCGUUCAGAAUGAUUUAGGCCUACUGGUGGAAAAUGCAGCAAGUAACAGUGAUUUGGAUCCGUACACAUCAGCAGAAAUUCUUAUUCAAGAUGGGAAUCUCGAUUUUCAAGCAGAGAAAACAGUGACUACAACAUCAAGAAAAGUUUCCCAGGUUGGUGACUUGAACUUUCUUACUGUGGAUGUCAGUGAGAACAGAGAAAUUAUUGAGGCUAUUGAUAUGGACUUUUAUGAGAUAAUUAAUAUAGAACACACUGAUAUCAGCCAGCUCUCAUCAUUCAACGUUCCAAAUCAGGACAGGGAUACAGAAUGUGUAGCAGAAGAAACAUUGAGAGCUAGUGAUUGUGAUAAUUAUGAUGAAGAUUAUUUGCCUUCUAGGAGUGAUUCAGAGGACAGUGAGGUUGAAGUACCAAGAAAAAGGAAACGAAUUUUACUGAUAUUCAUAAAAAAGAUGAUUUACCCUCAAGAAGUGACAAAAGGAGUGAUUCUGAGGACAGUAAAGUAGAAAUUAUUGAAGUAGGUCAACUAAAGGAAAGAAGUAUUCUUACUGAAGUACAU